GACGGUGGCUGCAGGCCCGGCCGCAAAGCAGCGGGCCCGGACAUGGCGGCGAGGGCCCGCAGCGGCGGCACUCUGCCCAGCAGCCUGGGCCCAUGCCCGCCUGGAGACUGGAGCAGAAGGGGUUGCUCCCGGACACUUUUGCAGUUCUGGGCGGCAGGAACAGGCAGAGGGAGGCAGCGGCGGAGUCUCUUCGCCAGCUCCCCGUCGUCCGCUUCUCACUGGAGCAAGGUGGUCUCUGAAGCUGAGAAGAUAGUGGGCUACCCCACCUCCUUUCUGAGCCUUCGCUGCCUCCUGAGCGAUGAGCUGAGCAAUAUCGCCAUGCAGGUGCGCAAGCUGGUGGGGACCAAGCACCCAUUGCUCAACACGGCCAGAGGUUUUGUGUAUGAUAGCAGGAACAACCUGCAAAUGAGAGGUCUGGUGGUUCUACUUAUUUCUAAGGCAGCUGGGCCAAGUCAUACAACAGAGAAUUCCCUUCAGAAAGACAUGAGCAGUGGAAUAUAUUCCAGCCAACGAAGUCUGGCAGAGAUUACAGAGUUGAUCCACACGGCUUUCCUGGUACAUCGUGGGAUAGUAAACAUUGGUGAACUGAAGUCCUCAGAUGGUCCAUUGAAAGAUAUGCAGUUUGGAAAUAAAAUGGCUAUCCUAAGUGGUGAUUUUCUUCUGGCAAAUGCAUGUACAAGCCUCGCUCAUCUGCAAAAUACUAAGGUGGUAGAGAUCAUGUCAAGUGCUAUUGGAGAAUUAGUACAAGGGAUAUAUUAUGAAAAUUCAAACUUAGCAAAGGAAAAUGGUCUUACAGAUGAUAUUGGAAUAUCAACUUGGAAAGAACAAGUUUUCCUAUCCCAUAGCGCCUUGCUGGCAAAGAGCUGCCAAGCUGCAAUGGAACUGGCAAAACAUGAUGCAGGGAUCCAGAAGAUGGCAUUUAAGUAUGGAAAGCAUAUGUCUAUUAGUCAUAAGCUAAAUGUUGACAUUCAGCCAUUUGUUAAAGAAAGUUCUAAUGAUUCUGCGGCCUUCAGUUUCAAUUCUGCUCCUGUAGUCCUACAUCAAGAGUUCAUUGGAAGAGAAGCCUGGCUUAAGCAGAUUAAAGAGGCACAUGGUAAAGGAAACUUAAUAGACUAUACCAAGGAUUCUAGGAUAGUCCUCUUCAAAAGUUGCAAGAUGCAAUCAAGGCUGGCAAAGGAGAUGAUUUUUGUGGUUUGCAUGCUUGCAAUCUGAGAACGUCGUUGACAAGAAGGCUGAGUUUACAUAAAUGAUCCAGAUUGAGACUCAGCUACCUUUCUUCCUUCUGUGGUGUAAUUACAGCCCAAUCUGGAGACAGCUAGCACAGCAAACAGAUUUCAUUACAUUGCUCCCUCAAACACUAAGUGGAGUUAUUUCAGUUAACUUCUUCACACGCAUACUAAGGUGAAGUGUCAUAAGCCUUCUAUAUAACGGGCCAGCAGAUCACACUGAGGAUUUUAUUUGUUACACAGUUAGUUACAUGUCUAAGAUUCACAUGAGAAAGAUUUGAUGCAUUUUAAUACCUUUUGACUGGAGCUAAAUUUUUAGUUCAUUCGUUUACAAAACAGCAUUUACUAGCCUGCUGUUUUAGUUAGUAACUGGAUGGAAAUGUUCUCAGCAUUAUAUUAUUGAAGCAAUCUCAAAGACUUAACCUGGAUAAAAAAGACAUAACAGAUUACAGUUGGCAUCUCCCAGUUUUGGAACAUCUGAUUUUGACAUUGUAGCAUUUAGCUUGGUUACAAGUGUUAACCAAGCCAGCUCUUAACCAAUGUUAAAGUCAUCAUCAGCUAUUUCAAAUAGUACAGGUGUUUGCUACAGUACUGCAGUCUGAAUGGUGAGGAGAAUUUGGGCGUAGAGAACCAUCUUUGCAAGCACAAUUGAUGGGAUGAGCACAACUGCCUACUAACUCCUUAGGGAGUUGCUACAAGUGCCGUCAUUGGCACUAUCCAUUAGCUGCCCAUGACAUUGGUGCAACUGAAUUCCACAACAGUAGUACUAGGCUAAUGGGAGAACCACAAUUUUUUCAUGAGAAAAUGGAAAGAGAUUUUGAUCCCAUGCAACAAGUGCAUUACUGUAGUAUUAAAUUAGUCUGCAAAAUGACCAUGCAAUUAUAGGUGGUAUAAUGUUUUUGCAUAAUUCCUUGCUAACAUCUGGACUGAAGCUGCACUGACUUGCCUGCGUUUUCUGUCACACCACAGGGAUGUCCCUUUGUUUUGUCCCAACUCUCAUGAACAUAUCUUCGGGAGCCAUAGGCAAUUGCAGAGAGAUGGGAAGAUUGUUGAAAAUCACAUCUCCGUUGCAUGAGGGAAAAUGCUGGUGUAUCAGCACAGUGCUAGUCUGGAUGUCAGGCCCUGUUUCCUUAAGCAGAGAUUGUGCAGGAGAAGCUCCUGGUGCAUUGAGUGUAAUAUUGCUUCAGGUUGUGCAAUGUGCAAAGGUUUCAGUGACAACCUUCAGCAAACACCUCUAGAUAUGUAAGGAUAAAUAUGACAGUAUAAACUAUUUGAAUAUAUUAAGCUUUUGCCAGUGUUAAUAUUUAAAUAUUGAUUUAAAACUAGCAAUUCAAGACAUCAGACAUUUAGAAAUUUUGGCAGACAUCCAAACUAACGCAGCAUUGGUGCAGAGAUUGUGCAGUGUGUGCUACAGGGGAGGGGCAAUUUUGUCUAUCUUUCCUGCCUUCUAUUGCUUAUUGUUCUCCCCUAUAAUAUGUCCCUGAGGGUUGCCCAGCUCUUAGGGACAUUAUUCGGGAAUCCCAGUGGACUUCAGAAGGAAGGGGAGAUCAAUGAAAAUUGUUCUUGUAGUGUGCGCUUGCUUCACCAGUGCUUCAUUAGUCUGGGUGUCAGCCAUCAGGUCAUAGGUAUCUAUUUAAACUUGGUUCCAUACAAACUUCUCUGUCCUCUUAAGACAAAACAGUACACUGUUUUAGAUAACUAAAGAUGUUGGGCAGCAUCCAGACUGGUAUUUGCAGGAACAGGUCCCCUAACUCUCAAGGACAUAUUUUUGGGGGGUAUUACAGAGCUGCAGAAGAUAGGGGGGGCUGCAAAAACUGUCCCCUCUUGCAUGAGCAGGACAUCUUCCAUUCACACCAGCACUAGUCUGAAUGUCUCCCCAUAUUUAGAUCUGGACAGAAGGCAUAUAUACAUAAAGUAUGUGAACAUUUCAUAGUUUGGGUCUGCCUUAUUUUGCAAUCUUAACUCUAAGCCUGAUUUCUGAAAUUCCUUUUAAAAGAAGACAGUUUUAAAAAAGAAGUAAAAGGCUGGAUCACUAGCAUCUACUCCUGUGCUGUCAUUGAAAAGAUUGGGAGAUUGCAGCCUUGUGGAAAGAGAUUCCUUCCAGGGCUGUGAUAGCGACAUAUAGACACUGGGUUGCAGGGGAAAUCCUUUCUUUGCAUUGAAGACACAGGAAUCUUGCAGAUAAAUAAUAAUCUCUACUCGCCCCUUGAACUCACUGUAGCCUCUUUCAGAAAACUGUACUCUAUAUUGAACUUUUCUAGGAAACAUGAUCAAGUGGUUCAGUUGGCUCUGUCAGGAUUGCUGAGUGACUUUACACAAACCACUCAAUCUCCUGGCCUGUGCUUUCCAAUCUGUAAUAUUGAGAUAAACUUUCAUUGGUGUGCAGGGAGAUUGUGAAAUCUGAUUCAUUGUGUAAUGCUUUGAGAUUGUCCACUCCAGCUGUAACAAAAAUGCAGAGUUAUUUACUGCUAGUAAAUGCAGCUUACAUUCUUUGCUGUCUCUACAAAUCCCCCUUUCUUCAAUCUGUGUGUGGGAAAGGAGGGGGAAUAACUUACCCAAACUUCCAAGCUAUGUUCAUUUUGCCACUUUGCAGUGAGCUGUGUUUUCAGCUCUAGUUGUUGGUCUAUGAGACCUUUUCCCCUCAGUGACAAGUACACUUUCUGCCAUAUCACUCUAUAUCGCAUACUUUAGACAUCACAUCCUGAGUUUCCACUGAUAGAUUUAAGAACAUUUGCAGACACUUUUUGUAACGUCAGUGCCUUUACAUAUGUUGGAUUUCUGUCUUGUUAUACAGGCACUUUAAUUUUGAUGCCUUUGUGAGACAAUGGAGCCCAAGAGUCUUUAUACACACAAUAUUAUUACAAAGGGAGCCAUGAAACAGGUUCUACUCCUAGGUCAACCUGUUUGCUUCCUUCUGCCCAACCAUAUUCUCUAUGCUUUUAAAUUAGCGAAGAGUUGGUGGAAAAACCUUUCUAGCACUAACUAUUCUUCUGUACAAAGUUUUUAAUAAAAAUAUGUGUCCCUAGCCAGCACACGUCAAGAAGCGCAAAUACCCUUAAAUCUCAGUGAAGAUGGGGGGGAAACAAGCAGAAGAAAGUUGAAUUCCACCUCCUUUAGUGUCUAAAAAAAAUAUGUUGCUAAUAAUUUCCAAUCUUGAUAAUCAUCUGUUUUUCCUUCAAAUUAUCUGCCCUUUCCACAACAUUGUUAAAAUAGCAUCUAAAAUCAUUGUUACUUUCUGCUUGUCAGAAGAGUACUUUGGCUCCCCCAUGUGUAAGAUAUCUUUACCCUUCAGUUAAACUCUCUGUCCCUUUCAGAAUGAAUUGUGUCAAUACCUAUUAAUGUCCAUGUCUGAGAAAAGCAUACGAGUGUAUUCCUUUCUUCCAUACUUGGAAAACUGAUGCAAUAAUCCAUCUUUAUUUUCUUUUAAAGUGAAAAGGCAUAAAAGUUCAGUAAGAAAUAACACUGAAAUUACAAACCUGAGUACAUCACACCAUUAUUAAACCAUAACACAUUCUAAGAAUACCACUCAACCUUUAAAAAUGUUUUCCCUCUUAGAAUUUAAGAUUUAAAAAAAAUAGAUAAAAAAUUCUAAUAGGCAUCAUUUUUGCCAAAAGAUUAAAAAUAAAUGAAAUGAAACAAAAGAGCUUUACAGGUGUCUCCAUAAUACAUACAGUGCAAACGAUGAUUUGGCAAUUUACAUAAAUGGAAAUGGUGGAGCAUAAAAACGGCAGUCCAAACCGAGAAUGUAAAAUCAUUCCCUCACUGUCCACUCAUAGGUUAACAUAAGAGCAGCCCUGCUGGAUCAGGCCCAAGGCCGAUCUAGUCCAGCAUCCUGAUUAACACAGUGGCCCACCAGAUUCCUCUGGAGAGCCCACAGGCUAGAGGUGAGGGCAUGCCCUCUCUCCUGCUGUUGCUCCUUCUACUGAUAUUGAGAGGCAUCGUGCCUCUGAGGCUGGAGGUGGCCCACGGCCAAUAUAGGAACAUAGGAAGCUGCCAUAUACUGAGAGACCGUAGGUCCAUCUAACUCAGUAUUGUCUGCACAGACUGGCAGCGGCUUCUCCAAGGUUGCAGGCAGGAAUCUCUCUCAGCUCUAUCUUGGAGAUGCCAGGAGAGAGCUUGGAAUCUUCUGCUCUUCCCAGAGCGGCUCCACCCCCUAAGAGGCAUAUCUUACAGCACUCACACAUCGAGUCUCCCAUUCAUAUGCAACCAGGGCAGACACUGCUUAGCUAAGGGGACAAAUCAUGCUUGCUACCAAAAGACCAGCUCUCCUCUCCUACAUACUCGUAGCCAUUGACAGGUUUGUUCUCCAUAACUUUGUCUUAAGCCCUUUUUAAUGCCAUCCAAGCUGGUGAACAUCACCACAUCCCAUAGCAAGGAAUUCCAUAGAUGAAAUAUGUGCUGUGUGAAACAGUACUUCCUCUUGAUGGUCCUAAAUUUCCCAACCUUCAGUUCCAUGGGAUGACCCAUGGUUCUAGUGUUCUGAGGCAAGGAGAAAAAUUUCUCUGUCCACUUUCUCCACUCCAUGCAUAAUUUUAUACAGCUUGAUCAUGUCUCCCCUUAGACGCCUCUUUCCCAAAGUAAAGAGCCCCAAUGCUGUAGUAUAGCCUCAUAAGGAAGAUGCUCCAGGGCCCUAGGCCCCUAAUCAUCGUGGUUGCCCUCUUCUGCACCUUUUCCAGUCUACAAUAUCCUUAAGAUAUGGUGACCAAAACUGUACACAGUACUCUAGAUGUGACUGCACCAUAGAUUUUUAAUAUGAUAAUUUUUACCUUUUUACUUUCAGUCCCCUUCCUAAUGAACCCUAGUGUGGAAUUGUCCUUUUUCACAGCUGCUGAUCACUGAGUCAACACUUUCAAUAAGCUGUUCACCAUGACCCAAAGAUCUCUCUCCUGGUCAGUCACCAACAGCUCAAAUCAUAAAGGACCCAGCACUUUCCUUGAUAACUUGCUAUGAACUUUUAGCAAUGGCUAAGCAACACUUCCAGUUUUUUAAAUGGGAUUUAUAAAGGACAAGAGUAACAAUAGUUACUAGUCAUGAUUGCUUUAUGGAACCUCCACGUUCAGAGGCAGUAUGCAGGGCAGAACAACAGACGAUAGCUGUGGUCUUUAUGCUAUGUUGUGGGCUUCCUGGAGACAUCUGGUUGGCCACUGUAGGUAAUAGGAUGCUGGAUUUGAUACUUGAUAGAUUUUUGGUGUGAUCCAGCAGGACUGCUCUUAUGUUUAUCCAUCUGUUGGAAUGAGCUUGGCUAAGUACACUAUCAGUGUCUUCACUUAAAAGCUAGAAGCUACUCCUGGUUUGUGAGUUGAGUUUUCUAUCUUAAAUAAAGCAAACAUCCUCCUAUUCUUAACUUUACUGCUCCUAUCUGCUUGUAAAUCAAUUUUCAAAACAGGGACCCUAAAGUUCCUUAGAAACUGAUCAGGGAUUCUUGAAAAAAGCCAAAACGAUAGAUUUCGUUUGAGUGCUGCCUUGUACACUUCUGCUGGAAUUCUCCUGCAAAAUGUGGUUGUAAAGAAACACUGGAUGUGUUCUAUAGUACACUCAUAAAUGACCAAGUUCAACAGGCCUGGCCAGUGCCUCAUGUACCCUAGAAGAUACCACAGGGCGCUAUGCAAUCUACAUAGGUCCAUGCCAGAGAUGCCAAGAGCCAUUGGCAAACAAGUUCAUAUGGAAAGAGUUUCCUCUAAAUAGGUGUUCUGAAAGCCACUAAUUUAAUCAGUUCAACCUUUCUUAGUCCCCGGGCUCAUCUUUUUAACCCCAAUUUGCCACAUGGAGCACAUUUUAAAUUUUAUUAUGUAUUUGUACACAUGUUCUAUGUAGCUUAAUCUACAUAGCAGUCUGGCAUCUCUUUCCUUCCUCCAAAAUGAUUGUGUAACCUACUUAACUGUGUUCCAGUUCCAGCAGUCGGCCAGUGGACUAAAUACAUGGGAGUCUGUUGUGUGGUUUAGAAUUGUUAGGGCACUAGACUUCUCCUUUCCAAGAGAAACUUAGACUAAAUGACCUCCACUUCUCUUCUAGGCCAGGAUUCUAUGAAAGGAGUUGGUUUUUUGUUUUGAGACUGGGAAAUUUAGUUAUGGAACUUCAUAUGCAGCUCUCUCUCUCUCUCUCUCUCUCUCUCUCUCUCUCUCUCUCUCUCUCUCUCUCUCUCUCUCUCUCUCUCAGAAAGCAUGAUUGGAGAAUUAACCAUUCCUUCCAUGACUGGUUAUAGUGAAAGCUCUCCAGCUUCAACAUUGUCUGAAUAAAUGCUUCGUUCUUUGCAAUGUGCUCAUCAGAGAUCAUUUUCUGGAUCCCCUCCCCCACCCCCCGUGCAUCCAGCUCUACUAUUUAUAACCUAGUUAAACAAUGCCAGCAUGAAGCAGUAAAAGGUGUGCAUUUCAUAUGCAAAUCAGUGGCAAUAAUUUUGUACAAUUGCUUAGUUGUUUGCAUCAUUAUGUUCAACAGCAGUGUAGCAAAGUGGAUGCAACAAAGAAUGUUACCAAAAUGUGGCUUUGUCUGCAUUGGCAAGUCCAUACUCCCUUUCACAUUUUAGCUAAUAAAGCAGUUUAUUCAUAGAUUGCAGAAAUACAUAGGCUUUGUUCCUCAGAGCUUUCAGAUUACAGUUUAAGCUUGUUACAUUAGCAUCCCAAUCCUAAAUGUUUAUGCCAGCAUAUCUGCCUGCAAGAAAUCAAUGGCCGUAUAAUGAUUAUGUAAUCCAGCUGUUGGAGUCUGAAUUCCGUGUCAGGCAUAAGUAAAUGAGCAAUCUACUCAUGAACACUAUUGGAUCCAGAACUCACUCAUGUUAAGAGAAUAGCCUGUCUGGGGGCUCCCAGUAGCACCCCUGCAUGUGAUUUGGAACUAUGAGCUUGUAGUUUCCAUUUUUAACUUGAGGGACCACAGGCUCACCAUUGGCUUACAUGGGCUAACGCACAAGGGUAAGUCACUUAGCAGGAAGCAUGGGGAAGGUAACUCCAGGUCAAGCCUAAUUUGCAACUGAAAGGGGGACUAGUCCUUGUGCUCGCCUCUCUGUUCAAGCACAGAUGAAGAUGCUGAAGUAGACAUGAAUUAACAAGAAGUUAUUCCUAGAAAAGGAGUAGCCGAGAACUCCCCUCUAUGUUGGCACAAAAGAUCAGCCUCCUGAGCUAAUCACCUUCCCAGGAAGGAAGGAUAAGAUUGCAACAGGCUCAUCUCCCUGACUCAGGCAUUAAUGGCUGGCAUAAUGUAUGGGUAAAGAAACUGGUUAUCUUUCCCUGAAGAUCUUCCUGACCCAAGAUAAGCUCUGAGUCCACCUAUUCAUAGUUUUUACAUACAGGUUGUCUAAACCUUUUCACUUCAUUGUGCUCUAGAGCACACCCACCUAGAAUUGAACAGGACAAAAUAUUCUUUUGUCCAUUACAGAUGUCACCCUUUUCAGGAGAAAAUGCGUGGUCAGCAUUUGGCCCCAAGGCAGGUUUCUGCCUACUUCUGUCACAGACCACCAAACGGUAUGUAUCUUCUCUGGUUUAACCUGUCUGGGCACCAGCUUUACCAUCUGACUGUGCAUUGGCCCUUGUGUCCAUCCCGCUUUCUGUCUCCGGGUUGGCCCUGUCACCAGGCCCAAUCUGUGCAGCAUUUUUGGUUGCAUUAGAGAAGUGGUCUAUUGGGAUCAGACCACCUUUGGACUUUUACUGGCUUCCAGACCCGCAAAGGGUACAUGGGUCCCCACUCUGUUUUCCUGUUUGUUCCUGAAGAGAGAAGUCCCUCAGCACUGGCUGAGCAACAAGUGUCCAACACAUCAUCGGAAAGGAUCCACAUAUACCAACAAACCUCUGCUCCAAACUCCACUACUCCCUCCUUGUUUCUCUUUACAGUCUAAAGCUGUUCUCUAAGCCCAUUUCUCUGAUCAGCCUUGAGCUGAUUGUAAUUUGGAUCUCAAGCUAAAAUGCCUCUUCGUGAGCUUCAGUUUAGUAGUAUUGGUUUUAUUAGUUAGUAUUGCAUUGCUUAUUAAUCAAGAUUUCCUUUCUGUACCCCUAAAACCCUAAAUAAACCUGAUUAUAUUUGA